AUGUAUUGUGUAGAAACUCAUUUUACCGUCUUGUGUUUUAUCCUCUACCAAAAGUUCGUCGGGAUCAACAAAGAUUUAAUGGCACUUAAAAUCGAUACGGUCAUGCGAAACAAAUACCCGUUCAAGUUAAGAGCAAGAGAAAAAUGUGACAAGAACAUUAACAAUAUCGAUUUCAACAGAGAUAUUUUGCAAACGCUGGCCGCCGGUCACUCGAUGGCCAAUUUCGUCGAGCAAAUAAAAGUCAAACACAGGUUGGCUCGUGAAGCAGUGAAAAACUUGAACGAUUUUUUUGGAGUCCAAUUGGGACUUUCCAUGUGUUCGCUGUGUCUGUUCUCCAUGUUUGACUUGUACUACCAUAUUCGAGGAAUAAUGAAUCCGACCAAGUCUAAUAUACUAAUAUACGGCUGGAUUUUACAAUACAGCGUUCGAUUUGGGUCCAUUACAAUUCUAGCACACCUAACAUCGAAACAGGCAUUAAAAUCUAAAACACUCAUUACGGACAUAUGUAAUCGUUAUUUAGACAAUAAUACAAAAGAAGAGAUACAAUUGUUCCUUAACCAAAUAUGCAGCUGUGCGAUUGAAUUUACUGCUUGCGAUUUCUUCACUUUAAAUACUCAUCUAAUCACAUCUGCGAUUGCUGCUGCCUCAACAUAUCUCGUAAUAUUGUUACAAUUCAAUUAGGUGAACUAUUUUUAAAUUUAAUUUAAUAUUUAA